CACUUUUUAAAGACGACAACAACAGCAAUGUUUUCCUCCUAUUAUUGUGUCUUCCGCUGGAACAUUCAUUUUAAAAGAACUGUCACUGGGAUGGUAAAAUGUUGCAGAAGAUGACAAGAGGGGGCACAGCAAAGCAAACUGUCACAUUUCUUUGGAACACAACAGCAACUUCAGCUCCUCACGUAACAUCAACUUCUGCUCCUCACAAUUUCAAAACUACUACACAUGAAGCAUCAAGUGUCAUUCAAAACAAGACAGAGCCUUAUGUCAACUCAACAUCAUUUUCAUUAAUUCCUACAAUAGUUGUUGGCUUCUCCGGUUCUGCAUUGUUUCUAGCAAUCAUCGGUUUUGUUGUUCUGAGUCUCAAAUACAAGACAACCUUUUUGAGGUCAAAGAGAGAUGUCAUUGUUAACAAUGAAAGGAAUUCUACGACCAAUGUUGAAAAUGAUGCCUUGCUGCAAGUUGAUCUAAGAGGCGCAUCAACAGUUACGGAAAACCGGACAGAAAGCCCACAGUAUAUGUACGCAACUGAUCGCGCAGCAGUGCUUGCGGCACUUCGGCCAGCCGGCAGUAAAGAUGAACGGUCAUAUUCAUACGUAGAUUUAGCGUCAUCUAGAAAUCAAAUCCAUUUUCACUCGACCCCGGAUUUGCCAGAUUUUUGUGACAAUUACAUUAAAAUGCAACGGCAAGAAAGUGACGCUCUCUAUCUUAAAAUCCUUCCCAAUGAAGACAGCAAAUAUCUGUCACCAGUCAAACAUGCGGACGUCCUAGGUAACGACCAAACGACUUACGAAAACAUUCGUUCCAAUGAUGCCACUUUUUGAUCGACUUGAAUUGUGAAUGAAGUCUAAAACAUUCAUGCAGAUAAUCGUAACUAUCCUUACUGUUUUGUAUUAAUCUUCUUUGUUCUCUACUUGUAUGUCUUUUCUUUUAUUGUCUUAUGCAUUCAAAUGGUCUUGAUUGGCUUAUGACAUUAAUAUUAUCAUCAUAUAAGAUAGAUGUAAUUAUCAAUAACAUAUUACAAUAUUAGUUCUUCUUAACAUAUUUUGCAUCGUUUAGUAAUUAGGUGCCCCUUAAAGUUCCCAAUUGAAACCAAAAAAUAAUUUGAACCAAUUUUUGUUCCCAAUAGGAUUGAAACGAAAGCAAUUUUCGAGUAAUUUAAUAUAGGCCCCUCUCGAAGCCCUCCGUCGUGCCGAUUGAGACACUUAUAACAGUAAAGCCUGGUUUCUAUGUAACUUCGGAAACCGAAUGUGACACUUGUAACAGUAAAGCCUGCCGAAUUUGACACGUCGUGCCGAAUGUGAUACUUGUAACAGUAAAGCCUGGUUUCCGUAUACGUCGGCGAUGCAUCGCCGACGAGUGAAAGCUCAAUGGAAACACUGCCACAAAGCUGUUGCCGACGUGUCGGCGAUGCCCUGCAAAGUUAAAUCUAUUUCAACUUUUUUCAGUCGGCGACGUCGGCGAUGGCUGAAAAUUUUCAUGGAAACAUUCAUCGGCGACACGUCGGCGACUCUGUGUGAACACAUGACACACACUAGCCAAUGAAAAUCAUUAUCAAUCACCAUGCCCACUCGUUGGGCACGGUCAAAAGCCUCCCUAGAAAGCCUCCCUAGAAGGCCUGGGCUAAGAGUGUCGCCGGUACGUCGGCAACACGUAAGGGCUAUAUGGAAACUAGGCUGAAGAGAAUCAUCGCCGACGUAUCGCCGACGCAUAAAAGUUAUACGAAAACCAGGCUUUAACGAUGAAAUUUUACGAUUGAGUUGGUUUUUUGUCGUUGAUAAUAAAACCAGAUACAUCAAAUUUUUGCCAUUUCAUUGAUAGAUUACUAUUUCUAUGACAAGAAGCGAUAAUUCUUUCAAAUGAUUAUGAAUAUUUUUCA